GGGGGUGAAGGUUUUCCGCUUGCUUCCAACGAGGGGGAAGUUUAUAUGGGCCCUUACUGGACCUCUGGAAGCCAUCAAAAGUCCGCGCCAUCAUCAUAGGCGCGGAACAGAAGCCAGGAACGAUACCAUCACUGCUUCAACGCGUGACAAGUAUCGCAUAGGCAUAGUAGUGGUGCUGAUUUGUAGAACUAGGAGACUUGCAGGGGUGUUCUAUGUGAAUAUCUUCGGCGGGAGGGUUCCGUGGUAGGGGUAGGGUAGGGUUGGAAACAAAAUCCUCUGGAAUAAUAAUAAUAAGAGGCUAAAACGACUCACACCAAAGAAUACGCUAGAACUAUUCUUUUUGUUUUCUUUUUUGGGGCUUAUUUUCAUUCUUUUAAUCAGCGGGACAGCAGCCUUUGGCCUAACUUACGCAAGUAAGUCGACCGCGUCAACCCUUGCAUGUAACACAACAUAUCUCCAUAACGCAGCGUACUGCGUACUGCGUAGUGUGAUUGAUCAUUUGCGCCAUUGUUUUCCUCCCGGGAAUCCUGGUUAUGUGUUCAGUAUCGGUCGGAGUCCCCCGCCACACAACCCCCAAUUUCUCACACAUAACUUGUUGCGCUCGGCCUCAUGCAUGGUCGAAGCAAAUAAUAAUAAUAAUACGGAGUCCCGAAGAAACUCUAUUUCUUUUUUACUGUCAACAAUGAACAAAUCCCGAGUGGAAACCAAAGCUGCCUCCAAGUAUGUAUGUUAACCUGGAGAUGACCACUGGCGUUUCCCUUUGGCUUCCUCAACUCACUCCCCAAACCAUGACCAACGACCGAUAUAAUUUUGGCCUGGACUCGGCCUGCUUCCUUCCACGGAGACACACCACACCAUCGUCGUUCAAAGAGAAUAAUGAAAACUGUUCUGUCACAACUACUCCGUACGCUGCGUAUGGUAUGAAGCCUUCAAAAAGUGGGGUUUUUACGGUGCGAUCGGCACCAGUGAACUCCCAGCAGUAUUAGGAUAUUGUUACCCUUGUACUCCGUAACGCUGCUAGAUCAGGACGCUGUUUGAUCAGAUUCCAACUACAAGAACCCUUUCUUUUUUUUUUGUUUUUUUUUUUUCCUUCUCCCCUUGGCAUCCAAAUUCUAAGCCUUCACCGGAUCGAAGCACAUCCGCUCUCAUUAUUAGAACUAUGUGGCUUCGUCGCUACUUCAAGCUAGAAAAAAAAAAAAAAAAAAUUGACAAACAUGAAUGCUGCCUGGAAGGUGACGCAACUUACUAAGUUACUAAGUAACUAACUAACUACCUCUGUGUGGGAGGCAUCUCGGUAAGACGCUUGUUGGAUUCCACUGGCCCACGCGAUAAGCGUUAACUGCGUACGUCCGGCCCUGCAACGCAACGUCGAUGUGAUCUACCUCGGGGGGGUUAACAAGUUUAUUUGAUCUACGCCAUAUGACUUCGUGCCUUCCUGAAAGCUAUCUGUCUGGCUAUCAGGAACUUGGGCCUUGAGGGCUGACAAUUUAAUCACCUCUUGUUAUCAACCGAAGUACCGAAGUUACAUGACAGGCAGGCGGCUUUCACCGAUAGGAUAGACGGAUUUAACUAACGUACAUGUAACUACAGUAGUUACAGUACAUUGAUCGGCGCCUUUCCUUGCGGGUUUUCGUCUACGUGACAAGUUUCCGAGACUCCUCACCUUGAUGAUCGGCCGAUUAAUCAAGGCCUUAUCGAGAAACUAGAUGCUAGUUACUAGUGGGGUUGUCCAGGACGCUUCUCGAAUGAUCCCAUGUUCCCAAGCUCAAGAAGCCUAGCCAUCUUCCUCCACCUUUCCAGGGAGUGGUGCCAGCUAGAGAUCUAGCAGAGCCUGUUCGAUGCCUCGAGCAUCUGAUGCGCAUCGUCGUUUGCCAAAUAAUAGCUAAGCCUUGGAUCGCAUGGACGGAUGCUCCUGACAUAUAGCAUUCCUUUUACCUCAGCUUCAUCAUCAUUGAUGCCACAUUAGAACGCGCAAAUUGUUUGAAACAGUUGAGUGGUCGGGGUCUCAAAAGGGGAAUUUAUUAUCCCCUUGGAAGAAAACAUGGUUAUUCCACGUAAUGUUUCGCGUCCGUGCGGUCGCUGAUUGAGCUAUUAUUAUAAAAUGAUGUGGAAAGAGACCCAAGCGCACAACAUUGGUUCCCCUAUUGGUUCAACACUUGAGCAAAAUGACAUUUAUUCCUAACUGACUGUAAUCCAGAAAAUAGGUACUCCGUAGGUCUCUCCGCAUUAUCUAACGUCCAACCAAAACCAUAGUUGUGUCGGGUCGAUGCGUCGUGCACAUUUGGCCUCCAGUUAGCCUGGAAUCCCAUUUUAAGAAAAGCCUGCAGGAUCCGAUCGUGGCUUCGUGGCUGAUAAUUCCCAAGGACGCACUCGGUUUUUUUCCGUUGGAUACAACUCAUCAUGAAAGAUUUCCACAUCGAAGAUCGCCGUGCUUUUAUCAAAUCAAUAUGAAUGAAAAAUAUAGGGCUUUUCCCGCAUCUCACUGGGCUUACUUGGCUUUAGUCCCUGACUUUCAAAGAGCCCUACACGCCCUCGCCCGUACACUUUCGGCGCAGCGGAAGACUACUAUCGCCCAAGUGCCCGCACCGCUGUUUCUCUCUAAAUAACACUAGGGGGCUUGUUUGUCCAGGGGUCCCAGCUCUAAUUUGCCAAGCAACUGGCGAACUAGAGGCUAAAAAGCUAACUGCUUGGGCGAUAUUUUUAGUGAUGCUACCAGUUUGGCUACUUCCGGUUGGAAACAGGGCUAUUAAGCAAAACCCUUACGCUGCAGAUUGUUUUGGCAGCCCUAGAUCAUGAUAUUUAAAAUGGGAAACGGGGGCAUGUCUUAUCCUUAUGUGCUUAUAUCUUCCAAACUUCUUUUAUUUAAAUGGCGAUUCCUGCUGCUUCCCUGAAGACAUCUACAGGCACCGUGAGCGUCAGGAUGCGAAGAUCCCAGAUUCCCGAGACCCCUGCGCGGAAAGGCAGUCGGAGAAGGCUAGUACGCUCGUGUUCAGAAUGCAGUCGACGAAAGCAAAAAUGCAACAGAAAUUGGCCUUGCAAUAACUGCGCUGGCUCCAGAGCUCAUCUUUGUCGCUAUGACCAUACUAUCAAGAGAUGCACUUCAUCCAUGAAUAGAAGUCCUGUGGAGAUCUCACCUCCAAGUUCGUCAAACAGUGGUUCGUUUCGUCCUAUUUGGGCCUCUGGACAUAGUUUUUCUAACAUAGAUGCAGAUGAAUAUGCUGAGCAGACUGACUCGGAAAUCCUAGAGAGUUUGGGCUACGUGGCUGGAAGUGCUAGCAGUUUAGCCAAGGAGGUUUUGGGAACACCGCCUCUGGACGGCUUUUUCUAUCCCCCUCCUGGCAGAAACAACACGCCUAAUGAUCCACGGCGUAGUCAAGAGGCUGUUCUUGAAUUGUUCCCAGACAGGAAGGUUGUUGACUUCCUUAUUCAGUACUUUCUGCAAGAGAUAAAUUGGAUAUAUGAAAUGAUUUAUCCUCCAACUUUUAUGGAACGGUACACUUCUUGGUGGCUACAGCAGGCCUACCAAGAAAGUGAAGACAUUCAGUUUGGGAUCCUGGUCCUCAGGCUUUGCCUGUGCAGUAUACAGCUUCUCCCUCAUCCAAAUUACCCUCAUGAAAGGGCAAUACAAUGCAGCUUGAACGAGCUGGAAACCCGGUGCCAAAAUGCAGCUAGCAUUCUCGAUUCCUUUCGGCCAAGAUACAGUUCCUUAACAACAAUACAACAUAUGUUCCACUACGCGUCAUAUCUCACAAAUGAGUCAAAGUUCAGAGAAACCUGGAUUGUCCUUGCAGAUAUCAUCAAAGAGGCACACAUUCUAGAGCUACACUUGGAGCAUCCAAGGAUAAAAGUUUCAGACUUUGAAAUGGAAAUGAGAAAGCGAAUUUUCGGUACUAUCUACAUGUGGGAUAGAUGGAUGUCAAUACUCCAAGGGCAUUGGCCGCUCAUCCCUGAGACAUAUUGUUGCAUCAAACUUCCUCGGGACGCGCUGCCUGCAGCACCAUCAGUGCCUGGCGCCCCCACCCCGUUCACCAAUAGAAUUAUUCAAAUGCGGCUAAUGAUAAUGCUCAGUUCUCGGAAAACACCAGAAGAACAGCCUAGGGUCCCAAGCCCUGCUUCAGCAUCAGCCAUUGCUGAAAGUAUUGAAACUGAAAUCAUAGCUACACUUCCUCUGCCAUAUAGCCUCUCAGAUUAUGAUGGACAGUUUGACAACAUCCUUCCCAGUAUCCCCUUAAAACGCGUAGGGCUCCGCAUAGCAAUCCUUGGCACUCUCACUACAGUUCAUCGUCCCUACACUGGAAUGCAGCAUGAACCAAACUUCACCAACCUAUCGUCUGUGAAAGAGCAAAAGGCAGCUUUCAAACUUCAAAAGAAACUCAUUGAAUGCACCAUGGAUACUAUCCAAUCAACCAUGCGAUUUGCAGAGAUGCUACUUGGUGGCUGCAAAAAGUAUUUUUUGCUCAGUCUUGUAGCAUUGGAAGCAUCCGUCGUCCUUAGUCUGUGUGUCAGGGGCCUUCGAAGGAAUAGAAGAGCAUACAUCCGCUUGUCGCGCCAGGGUGUCCAAACCUUUACGGAAAACUCUGAACUCGAAGGUCCUACCAAUGCUGCAUUCUUGGAGGGGUUGAAUUUUCUGAAUGAGAUGGCACAUCAUUCACCAAUUGCUGCAAAAGGUUCGCAAAUACUGAGAUCAUUGCAUCAAAAGUUGCAAAGGGAUGCUACUUUCGGCGACCCUGAGCACGAUAUCUACUCGAACAUCUCAGCCCCUAUCCAGCAUCAGCAAGAACAGCAUCAACAGCAACAACAACAUCAGCGAAGGGCGCAACAAGCAACAACUUGGGUACCGGCGGCGAGCACAGGGAUGAUGACAGGGGCUGUCCUUGCGAGCGAACAACUUGGUAAUAUACUAGCUGGACCUCCCGUUACCACAAGCACCUGCAGCCCAGAAAUGGUAAUGGACCCAUACGCUUGGUCACAGAUGGCAUCGCAUACACUACCACCCCCGGCAGAGAUGCAUCACUAUGCCCAUGCGUUGCCGGCAGCAAAUUUGUCGUGGUAUUAUGAUAAUGGACUUGUUGAUCGAUAUGCGACAAGUACCUUGUGACUGGUUUCCGUAACUAUUUCCGUCUGCUCCCUCUCUCUAUCUUCUAUCUUCUUUUCUUUUUCUUGGCCUUUUUUUUGGUCCUUGUCUAUUGCUCUGUUUAUAUCUUUGCUGUUGAUUUUUUUUUUUUUUUUUUUUUUUUUUUUUGGUUAUAGAGCUUUUGUUUCAAUAAGAUACUCAGGGAGGUAAACUGGAAUGGUAUAAUUUCUCAUUUUGAAUAGCGUGAGGGGUGUUCGUUAAGGAGUCAACCAUACAUUCUGGAAUAAAUGGAUGCUUUGUUUAUAUAUCUAUGCCUGGAAUGGAGCUAAAACGUUGCUGGACACGUUGGUUUGGAAUUGAAAUAGAGCGCCGGUCUUUUCACCUGGAUUUGGUGUUAUCAUUUACUUUCUUUCUUCAUACUACAUGAUAUAUACACUUCGCAUGUUAACUGGUGGAUCUUAAUGGAUCUGAUAAUUCCUCCUGAGUUGUCAAAUCCACAAGAAAUGAAUUAGGAGACUUAUAUCAAGUACCCUCUUGACCACACACCGUCCCUUGCCUAUAGGAAACAUUUCAACUUUCAACCCUCAUUGCCCGAUAAUGGGAGAUAUAAAUUGGAUACGCA